AUGGAAUCGUCUACCCCUCCGACCGCCGAGCGCGGGGCGGGUGGUGCCGCCACCGGCAGCGGUAGCAGCUCUACCUCAAGCUUGAACCCGGGCGGCGCCACCCAGACUGCCGCUGGGACGACUGCUGGUGCCGUUCCGGAACGGUCUCCAUCCCGCUCAAGCCUGCGGCACUCCCACUCUCACUCUCACUCCUCAUCGUCUCACCGGCAGAGCUUCGCCGAGAAUCUGCGCAACCCGCCGCCGUCUCCUCGUUCUCUUCGGCAACCCUCUUUCGCAACACAGGUCCACGGCCUGCUCAACCACCCGCCCCCCCAAAGGCAGCCAAACCCACGUUUUGCCGGACGUGACUGGCACGACAUAUCCCUCGGCGAGCUGGUAUCAGAGGAAGACAUCCGAUGGGCGACCCUUGAUACGAGCGUGGAAGACUGCACAAAGACUCUUCUCAGGAACGGCAGCACAGCGGGUGCCGUGCUCGUUCGCAAUGGGCUGUCCGACAAAAUGGCCGUUUCGACGUUUGAUUACAACGACCUCAAUGCAUACCUCCUGGUUGUUAUCGGAAUGGCCAACCCCGACCCGGAGCAAGUUAUCGCCUACCAGAGCAUCGCGCAGCGAGCACAAGACCGUGUUGCCAUUCCCAUCCGUGAUGUUCUUCCUAUUUGCCACAAAGAACCAUUGGCAACUCUGUCCUACAAUGACGAUCUUCUCGCCGCAAUCGAAGUCUUUGGCAGCGGCGCCCGUCGCGUCAUUGUCACCAACGCCAACGCAACGGAAGUGGUCGGUGUCUUGAGCCAGCUGCAGCUGAUCCAGUUCUUCUGGAACGAGGCCGUCAACUUCCCACAGAUUGAUCGGCUAUACGCGGCCACCCUACGGGACCUACGUAUCGGUUCGCAGGAAAUUAUCGCCAUCAAUGCCGAUCGGCCCCUCUCGGACGCUCUUACGCUGAUGAAUAGCGAGGGCUUGACGUCUGUUGCGGUGGUUGACAACGGACUCAAUGUUGUGGGCAAUAUUUCAACGCGAGAUGUCCAGCACCUCACGUCUGUGACGAGCUUCCCCCUUCUGCAGUCCUCUUGCAUGCAUUUCAUUUCCGUCAUACUCUCGGAACGCGGUGUUGAAGAGGGCCGUGACUCCUUCCCCGUCUUCCAUGUCAACCCACACUCAACCCUUGCUCAUACCGUGGCAAAAUUGGUGGCCACCCGGGCGCACCGGAUGUGGGUUGUCGAGUCGCCAUCCCCGUCGCCUUCGGCACCCCACACACCACUUCUGUCGCCUGUGCAGACAGCAUCGUCCACCGUAUCCAGCGCUAGCAUUGCUACCCCUUCAGGCUCUGGCCACUCGAGAACUGCAAGCGGCACAGGCAUUCCCGGCGGCCCUGCUACGGCAAAUGGUACGGGCGAGGGCCAUUCGCGCCGCGAAUCGACUGUACUCACGCCGACUGCAACGACUGUAACUGUUGCGCCGCAGUCGCCCAUCCCUCUGCCAGGCGGAAAUGGAGGAAAUGUCCCCGCAUUCGCCUCUGUGCCAGCGUCUUCUCUUCCGGGUGCACAUUUGUCGGGUCGGUUGACUGGUGUUGUCUCUCUCACCGACAUUCUCAACCUUUUUGCAAAGACGACCGGUCUCCGUCCUAGUGACCCGGCCGACAUCCGGGCUCGGCGGCGUCGUAGCAGCACAUCGAUGGUGUAA